AUGAUACGCCAACCCGCCGGCAGCCCCGCCGCCCUCACCCUCGAUGUCAGCAUCGACACCUUCACAAUCGCGGGCAUCAAUGUGCACGUCUACGGCCUCGCGCAGCUGCCGCAGAGCGACAAGAUGGACAACAGCAUUGAGGUGUCGGCGCUGCAUCUGCUGAACCCACGGCUGUGCGAUCAUACGUAUAUGGCGGGGAUUGCGAAGACGGUUCUGGCGGACUUUUACCAGAAGCAGGCACAAGGAGUGAUGGUGGGGAGGGGAUUGAUCUGUGUGGCGUUUGAUCAGAGGAACCAUGGGGAGCGGGAGGUCAAGAACCUCGCCAACCAAGACUGGCGCUCCUCAAACCCCACCCACGCCGCCGACAUGUUCAGCAUCUACCACGGCACCUCCAUGGACCUCUCCCAACUCAUCACCUACCUGCCCACCUACCUCUUCCCACGGCGCCACUCCGGCUACACGCUAACCCAGCACCUCGUCGCCGGCGUCUCCCUCGGCGGCCACGCCGCCUACCUCUCGCUGCUCCACGAGCCGCGCAUCACCGCCGGCGUCGUCGUCAUCGGCUGCCCCGACUACCUCACACUCAUGGCGCACCGGGCCGCGCGCUCCGGAAUCGCGAGCGUGACGGGCGCGGCGCGCGAGUUCCCGGAGGACCUGGUGGGCGUGGUGAGGGGGGUGGAUCCGGCGGCGCUGGGGGUGAAAGAGAUUGUGAGGAGGGGGAUGCUGGAGGGGAAGAAGGUGCUGACGUUGAGUGGGGGCGCGGAUAGGCUGGUGCCGGUGGCAUGUGCGGAGGGGUUUUUGAGGGAGGUGGGGGGCGCGAGGGAGAGGGGGGAGUGGAGGGGUGAGUGGAGGGAUGUGGUGUGUGAGGGGGUGGGGCAUGAGUGUACGCCGGAGAUGGUGAGGGAGUUGAGUUCUGCGGUGAAUAGGUGGGUAGAGGAGGCGGGGGAGGGGAAUGGCGAGGGGAAAGGGGGGGAGGGGGUACAGUCGGUGUUGUAG